AUGAGCGCGGCACCGCCGCCGCCCCACCCCUCCUCCGCGACGACCGCGCCUCCCUGCCGCGCGUCCUCGCGCGCGGGGCAUCGCCUCCGCCGUCGCACCUCCACCGUCGUCAACUACGUCGAGGACGCGUACCUCCGCGACGACGUCCCGUGCGGAUGCCCGCUGUGCGAGACGUGCGAUAACGCCACCGCGUCCGGCGUCGGGACGCCGCUAGGAGGGGUAGGGGUAGGCGGCGGCGCGGGCGAGGCGACGACGCACUACCUCGUCCCGGACGCGCGCGCGAUCGCGCGAUGGCUGGACUUUCUCGAGAGCCCCGCGGGCGCGGUGCGUUCUAUACACUGGUCCCCAUACGACCGCGUUCGCGUGGUGAACGCCGAUCCUUAA